AUGUUCUAGUUGGAUACAAAAUGGCUACUACACCUGUACUGCACCUACUGUAAUCUCGGUUUUUACGCGUGCACAUGCAAGUGAUAACAUAACAUCAUUUCAUCUUGGAAAAAACUUCCAACACAAUAAGAGGACUAUAUAUAAAAAUAUUUAUAAAAAUAUUUAAAAAAUGACUAGUUGUUGCAUACCGGGAUGCAGAAAUGGAAGCGAAAAUGGCUUCUAUAUGAAACGUUUUCCAAUAAGUAAAAAACAAAAAAUUAUAUGGUUGAAACAAAUUGGAAGAGAAAACUGGAAACCGAAACAAUAUUCAGCAAUUUGUGAGGUUCAUUUUACUAAAGAAAUGUGGGAAAAACCGCGAUAGGAUGGUUCCAAAAAAUUAAAAGCACAAGCAGUGCCAACAAGUUUUCCUCAUAUAAAAGUAAUGCCGGAAUCUUUUGAUGGAAAAAUAAAGAAGUUAAAAUAUAAUAAAAACAACGAUGAA